CCACUUCCGAUUCUCAGAUUAAAACGGCAAGAUCCCAAGGUCGCUUUUCGCUCCCAAUGGCGCUUCUCAACGUCUCCUUCGCCUGUAGCCCUCACGUCUCAAAUCCACACCCUCGUUAUUCUUGCUCUCUCUCCCUCUGUCCUACGCUCCAGAAACAGGUGCCGAAGAAGCCACGGACGGCUCCUCGGAAUCUGAUUCUGUUGUCGUUGGGCGAAUCGGCGUCCAAGGCAAGCUUGCUGGCUCUCCUCUCUGCUUCUCUCUUCUUGGCUGAUCCCGCACUCGCAUUCAAGGGAGGAGGUCCGUACGGUCAAGAGGUGACGAGGGGACAAGAUCUGACUGGCAAGGACUUCAGCGGCAAGACUUUGAUCAGCCAGGACUUCAAGACGUCUAUACUGAGGCAAGCAAAUUUUAAAGGCUCAAAGUUACUUGGUGCGAGCUUCUUCGAUGCAGAUUUAACAGGGGCUGAUCUUUCGGACGCUGAUCUCAGAGGUGUAGAUUUUUCCUUGGCAAAUGUGACUAAGGCCAACCUGAGCAAUGCUAACUUGGAAGGUGCUCUGGCUACGGGAAAUACAUCUUUCAAGGGAUCAAAAAUAACAGGGGCUGAUUUCACGGAUGUUCCAUUGAGAGAAGAUCAACGAGAAUACCUAUGCAAAGUUGCAGACGGGGUGAAUCCAACAACUGGAAACGCAACGCGUGAGACACUGCUAUGCAAUUAAUUAAUAAUAUUCGAUUGCCCCCAGUAAACCAUCACGUUUAAACAUGGGGAGCGGAUUUGCUGCUUCUGUAAGAGGCUGGCUAAGAGCUCCAGUUUUCGUGGGGUUGAAUUUGAUGCUGAUUUAUUGUAACGAUUGUAUCAUAUUACUAACAGUAGCACUAUCUAAUGAUUGAAUUUAAUAUCAUAUGGUUGAGGGUAUUACUUGGGAGUAUAAAAUUGAAUUUAAUAUCAUAUGGUUGUGGGAAAGAGAGGAAAGAUGGAGGAAGGGAGUAAAAGCAGAGGGCAGGGGUUAACAUUGUGCAUUAUGAUUUAUAUAUUGCUUCUACACAAACCGGAAGAAACAGCGAUGAAAAUCGAUCGGCGGUCCUGGUAUUAUAAUUUCCUUCUAAGAAACUAAAUCUCAUUUAUUUUUUUUAAUCUUUUUUGCUACAGUUGUUAUUUAAAGCAACGGCAGAAGUCCAGGUACUUGAGAAAAGUUUCAAGCCGAAGAACACUUCGAUAUAAUGAUGGGGCCUCCCUCCUGUUUGACCCGCUCAUACUAUGCUGCCUUGGAAUCUUGAUCGGGGAACACCUCAGAUUGCAACGAUAGAGAGAUGUUAUUUACAUGUAGCCAUGUUGUCUCCCACAAGCAAUCUCCACCUAAUGUCGUAAUGCACUCCUCUGCACAAGCACGCCUCUUGAUUUCAGAACAACCAGUGUUCUUCAGGAGCUCGAGAACUAGCUCCUGAAGCUUGUCGCUUCUCUUCCCUCUAGUUUAACCUUCGAAUAUUUUUCCAUUCGGCUGAGAACACCCAACCAUAGUUUUCUUAAUGUAGUCAGCUGUGAGAGAUCAUUAACUGUAAAAACACUUUUGAAAAGGGUUUCAUGGCAAGGGUGAGGGUGCCCCAUGUUUCGAUA